AAGGACACGACCCUGCCCUCCACCCGCGCCCCCCAGGGACACGGCCGCUUCCGUGUGGAGAGCGGCCAGAAUCCUCAGAGCGGAGCCACGCAGGCCCCCGGCAGCAGGUGUGGAGCCCCGGAAGGGUCUGGACCGAGAAGGACCGAGGGGCAUGGACAUGAGCCGAGGUCUGCGGGAAAGUGCCGAGUGCUCAGGCAGGGCCCUCUAAGGAAGGUUCCAGAGAAAGGCCUUUGUGAGGCCGGAGGACUGCGCCCGCCUUUCUCCCCCUCACGGCUGCCUCAUCCUGGGCGCAGAGACAUGGAGCAGCCGAAGGCGGGAAGAGGAAGACACAGAUGGAGGGGGGCCCGCCGGAGAGCCCCUCUGGCCGAGAAGCACAGCAGGGAGCCCGGCCUGAGCCCCGAGGACGGGGCCCACGUCUUUGACGCCUUCGAUGCUUCCUUUAAAGACGACUUCCAGGGGGUUCCCGUGUUCGUCCCUUUUCAGAGGAAGAAGCCCUGCGAGUGCGGGGAGUGUGGGCGCCUCUUCAAGCACAGGACGGACCUGGGCCGCCACAGCGCCGACGUCACCAAGCACGGUGAGAAGCCCUUCACAUGCGGCCAGUGCGGGAAGGCCUUCAACUGCGGCUCGAAUCUCCUCAAACACCAGAAGACGCACACCGGAGAGAAGCCCUAGGAAUGCAAGGAAUGGGGGAAAGCCUUCGCCUACAGCUCCUGCCUCAUUCGCCACCGGAAGCGGCACCCCAGGAAGAAGCCCUGAGCGGGAGCUGUCCGCUCAGCACCGCCCGCUGCCGCCCUGCUGUGGUGUCCACUCGGCUGUGGCCGCUCACCAGCUCCAUUGAGGUCGUUGGCCACUGGGUGCCGAGCCCGUGCCCACGCAGCCGGCAGGAGGCCCGUGGCCCCGAGCCCGACGGCAGAGCUUCGGCUGGCUGCGAUCAGGGCCCUCUCGGGCUAGAGCACCAGCCCUUCAACCAGCCCCUGUGUGUCCUCCCGGCCGGCCGUCGUCCCAGAUAAGCUGCCCGACUCACCCUGAUGGGCCACGUGGCAUGCAGCUCCCCAGGCCCGAGUGCUGCCCCGGAUGUGACGGCAUCUGUGGUCCAGCUGCACCGGCCACACAGACCCCGGCCACCUGCUGGGUGAGCUGCAGGGCGGCCUCCUGUGACCAGGGUCCCGUCGGGAUCCAGGUUGGCCAGGGGGGCAGGGCUGCUGCCCAAACUCCCCUGCGGACCCUGCAGACCUGGUUUCUGAGGCCUGACGUCACCGCCCCUCCGGGCGAGCACCCAGGGUGCCUCAGCUCCAGUGCAUGCCUGGGUCUUGGCACUGGGGUGCCCGCGUGGGUUACAUGCACUGCUCCACGUGUGCCCGGUGUCCCUGCAGCCUUGCCCACACGGCAUCCUGGUUCUCUGUUCCGCGUCUGUGCCUCUUGGUGUCUGUUUCCUGGCAGGUGUGCCCUCGGUGCAUUGGCCUCUCCUUCCUUCCCCUGGGGAGAGGACGGAGCCCACGGACCCCGGGCUCAAGUGGCCGUGGCCGUACGCACGCUCACACAUGGCUCGUGGCCUUGGGCUGUGGUGGUGCUUCCCACUGUUGAUUUAUCGUCAGAAAUUUAACCCUAAUAGUCAGAGUGGCUGACUGUUACUUUGUGGUCCCUUCACACCCUCGGAGGGCGUCCUCUGCUUCCCGUGGCCGCCUGUGGCCUAGCGUCCACCUGGUCUCCCUACUGCACUGGUUCCUGGUCACUCCACUGCCCGGCACUCGGCAUGAUGCCUCCUGUCCUGGGCUGUUGGCACCGGUUUUCUCCGGCAAUAAACAUCUGUCCUGACCCCU